GUCCCCUAUGCCGGAAGUGCUGCUCUCUAAUGUGAUCUUUAAACUCUCAGACAGCGUGUGCGGCCCCGGGGACACCGACCAUAUCUCAUGGAUUCCUGGGUCCGCUUCAGCGGGCAGAGCCAAGCCAAGGAGCGGGUUAUCCGGUGAGGAGAGGGUGCCCUUACUGUGCCAGCUAUAGAUCUGUGUGGCAUGGUGCCUGUCACUGCUCAGCAAUCCCUGCAUAUACUAUAUAAUAUAAUAAAUGUAGGAUAUAGAUAUAUAAUAUAUAAUGUAGGAUAUAUAAUAAAUGUAGGAUAUAGAUAUAUAUAAUAAAUGUAGGAUAUAGAUAUAUAAUAAAUGUAGGAUAUAGAUAUAUAUAAUAAAUGUAGGAUAUAUAUAUAAUGUAGGAUAUAUAUAUAAUGUAGGAUAUAGAUAUAAUAAAUGUAGGAUAUAUAAUAUAUAAUAAAUGUAGGAUAUAUAAUAUAUAAUAAAUGUAGGAUAUAUAAUAUAAUAUAUAAUAAAUGUAGGAUAUAAUAUAUAAUAAAUGUAGGAUAUAGAUAUAUAAUGUAGGAUAUAUAUAUAUAAUAAAUGUAGGAUAUAGAUAUAUAAUAAAUGUAGGCUAUAGAUAUAAUAUAUAAUGUAGGAUAUAGAUAUAAUAAAUGUAGGAUAUAAUAUAAAUAACUUUGAUAGAAACCAUGAGAAUACACACACACCACUCUAUACAUGUAUACACUGCUCUAACAGAUGUGUAUAUUCUGUUUAGUGAGGUGGUGAAGUGGUUAUGGUAUAAAGCAAGUGUGUUCAUUAGAGUUCCAGUGUGACUGCUUGACACAAUUUUAUUGUUAAUUCUUUAUCCUUUUUGGACAGAGCCUGAAAGUGCUCUCCAGCAGAAUGUGGACUUCAUGUAUCAUUCAAUCUCUGCUGCUGGUUUGUUUGUAUCCUGCUGGGGUUUUUUUUUUUUGUUAUAUUUUUUUGAUUUGGUGUGAUAUAGGCACACGGUGUUCACCCAGAUUGCAUUACAAAUAAAUAAUUCCCUGAGGGGGAGGUGGGGUGUGCAUCCAGAUAAAAUUCGUAUCUUGUAACACCUUUUUUAUUGGACUAACAGAAUUUUAUUAAUGGCAAGCUUUCCGGAGAACCUCCCUUUCUCAAGUCUGAAGUAUUUCUGAACAAGAUGACAUAGAAUUCUAAGUUGAGCUGUGAUACAGGGGUUAACGAUACAAGUGCAGAUAAGACACAGGUUUGAUAGAACAUAGACACUAUUCUUGCAGAGGGUCAUAAAUAUGUGAAGAUCACAGAGUGAGAGGGGGGAGAGAGAGGGAAAAACAAGCGAAUAGUCCAGAAGAAGCAGUUUGCCUGGAGUUGAUUUAUUUUUUUAACUAUUUUACUGGCCUAUAUCUACUCUCUUUCCACCUUACUACUGACUUUCUGCCAGUUUUGAAACCUGGUUGCUAGGUUACCGCACACAACUUUUGAUUUGCAAGCUUCCCAACUUAUGAUGGCAAUCCGUUCAUGUUGGUAAAAAAGAGCCUUUGUUCGGCCCUGCUACAUAUUCAAUGUGUUGUAAUACAUUCGGCCACGUUAAAGGACCACUAUAGGCACCCGGACCACUAUAGGCACCCAGACCACUUCAGCUCAGUGAAGUGGUGUGGGUGCCAGGUCCCCCAGGUUUUAACCCUGCAGCUGUAAACAUAGUAGUUUCAGAGAAACUGCUAUUUUUGCAUUGAGGGUUAAUCCGCUGGAGGCGCUUCCGCGAUUCUCACUGUGAAAAUCACAGUGAGAAGUCGCUGGACGUCCAUAGGAAAGCAUUGAGAAAUGGUUUCCUAUGGGCGGUUUGCAUGCGCAUUUGUCGGCAGUAGGAGGACAGGUCACCAACCGAAAGGUGGGUGGGGGGACCUAAUGACCCUACCGUGCCAGGAUAAUGAGUUUGUUUUCCUGGCACUAUAGUGGUCCUUUAAAUAUUAACUGUAUUUCAGUACGUUCACCCAUGCUACAUCUAAAGUGUGUAUAUUUACUUUCGUCCUACGUUAGGCUGCGCUACAUAUUCAUGGCACUUCAAGGACAUUUGAUCUAUGUUCAGCCAUGCUACUUACCAUGGUUUCAAUGUGUUCAACUGCGCUACAUAUUAACUAUGUUUCUGUCAUAUACACUCCAGAUUACAGAGACUUUUAUUGUCAAAAAUUUGAUAAAAUAAACUUGAAGGUCUUUUUUUUUUUUUCUUCAUCAGAACCUGAUUUUGACAAUAUAAAACAAAAAAGAAAGCAGUCCUCGCUAAAUAAAAUAGGUUGUUUCACCUUGUAGCUUAGUCACUUAUUAUUAGGGAAAAAAACAAAAGUUCAUAGCAGUUUGUUAAAAUGUAAGAAAGAAACAGAAAUUGGGAAUUUACCCAAGUCAGUAAUUCCAUGUGGAAAAAAACAGAUACAGGCAAAUUAACUGUCUGGCUCUAGCUGAGUGCAAAAAAGAGUUUGUUUAGCUUUCAGCAGCUGAGUUGGACAUAUAUGAAGUCCAUUGGAGAAAUACCAGAAAGAAGGUGAGUGUAAGGAUAACAUUUGUAGAUUAUGAAAGUAAGUGGAAAAUCAGUUUUGAGUUUCUCUGGAGUUUCUGUGACUUGAAAAAUUAGUCUGUAGCAGCAUGCAAGGCAAAGUAGCAUGAUAAUAGGCUGUUUAUUGUCAGCGGACCUAUGAACUUAAAGGGAAAGAACAGAAUUAUUUAAGAAGACAAUAACAAAAAUAUGUUCCUGACCAUUUCAGUACAUUUGGCUUACAUUCGUCCACACUACUUAUCAUUUUGGUGCAGUACAUUCGGCCUACGUUCAGUCAUGCUACAUAUAUUCGGCCUACAUUCAGACACGCUACAUUUGGUUUCAGUACAUUUAGCCUAUGUUAGGCCACUUUACUUGUACUGUCGGCCACGCUAUGUUUUCAUUCUAGCUCAGUACAUUUGGCCGCGCAAAAUUAGACUUACGUUCAGCCACUUUUUUUUUUUCGGCACAGUACAUUUAGUAGACGUUCGCCAUCCUACUUUUUAUAUGGUCCAGUUUGUAUGGCCUACAUUCAACCGUGCUACAUACUCACUGGUUUAUUACGUUCGACCUACAUUCUGCCACAGUAUAUCUUGUGUUGGCUCUGUAAUUUCGUCUUAUGUUUGGCCAAGCUGCAUAGUAAAUUUUUUUUAUUUAUUUUUUUUAGUUUUCCGGUCAUACCUUUGCCGUGCUAAUUUUUGUGUUCAGCUUGGCACAUUUAAACUACAUUUGCUAAUGCGACAGUUUUUUUUAAUUUGGUUCAGUACAUGUGGACUACAUUCAGCCACGCAACAUUUUCAUCUUGAUUAAGUACAUUUGGCUGUGCUACAUAUUUAGUCCAGAGUAUUUGUCUUAUACUCCGCUGAGUUAAAUUAUUGAUCUGUGUUGGUUAGUACAAUCCGUUACGUUCGGCCAAGCACUCAUUACCUUAUUUUAAGCCUUGUUUAGCCAUGCUACUUGUCAGCAGGCAUUUACAUAUAAUUUGUCUUAUACCAUCAGUUCGUUCCAGGUCUGCAAGUAAACUUCUUCUGUAUUUUUUUUUUUUUUUUAAAGGUACACUAUAUGCACCCAGACCACUUAAAUCUCAUUGAAGUGGUCUGGGUGCACUGUCACUGUCCCCCUUAGUACUGCAGUCUAAAACAUUGCAGUUUUACAGAAACUGCAAUAAGUACUAAGACUGCCUUUAGUAACUGUCUAUCAAGCAGCUACUAGCGGCGCUUCCUGGAGUUUUACAUAGUUUAACUCCGUGAAACUACACUGGACAUUACAUCCUCCCCGUCAGAGGAGGUGGGGUGCGACUCACUGCCGAGGGACAUUGGCGCUGUAAUUGGGUACGUGAAUAAAGGGUUAUUUAAUCCUUAACUUCUGGUAAGUUAAAUAAGGGUUAUUUAACCUUUUACAUCGCCAUGGGGGCAGAGGAACACGCUGUUAGGAAUACAUCUUUGUAUUCCUAAAAUAAGUGUUACUUUAAUGCAGUAAAAAAAAUGCAAUACAGUUUGGCACAAGAGAAGUAUUCUUCCCAAUUCUACACUUGUCAAGUGAUAUAGGAAAGCUCUGUAGAUUGCACUGCAUUGAGUCUACUCCAUAUUCUUCCAUUUAUUUAGCAUUAACAUACUGAUCAUAUUUGAAGACUACAAAAUGAGUCUGCUUCUUGUUUAUCCUAUAUUUGUCAUGUGAACUUUUAUUGUAGCGUUUAUUAAGAAAACUUGACAUAACACAACCAUUAUGUCAACAUCUGAACAAAAAUGAUUUUAGGUAAUUUGCUUAAAAACAAGGGCCUAAAAUAAAUGUAACCGUCCCCACAUGGAAGCCAGAAAAGUAAACAUUCUGAUCAUAUUUUAUUAUCUAAGAGGCCAUCGUAAACACUGAAGAAGGCAGAUAAGUGCCUAUAGUGGAAAAUAAUGUUUUAACCCCUUAACGCCGUUACGGCGUUCUAUGCCAUCCCGGGUUGAAAGGGCUUUAAAGCCGUUGCGGCGGCAUAGAACGCCGUAACGCCCCUGGCGAUCGGAGGUACUUACCUCCGCCGCGAUACUCUUCUGGAGGGCUGCCUGACAGCCCAGGCAGCCCUCCUCCAGCAAGUGAGGCCCCCGGGGCCAUGUGAUCGCUCUCAAAGAGCGAUCAUAUGGCCCCCUAUGGCUGGCUAUGGAUCUGCCAUCAGGGGGACUGUCUGAAAAAUCAGACAGUCCCCCUGCUGGCGGGAAAGUAAAAAUUAAUUAAUUAAACAUGUUAUAAAAUAAAUUAAAAGUAUUUUUAUAUAUAUAUAUAUGUAUUUUAAUAGUAAUAGAAGUACAUAUAUUAGUAUUAAAAUACACUUAGAAUGACGUUACAUAUAUAUAAUAUGUAUAUAUAUUAUAUAUAAUAGAUAUAUAUAUAUAUAAUUGCAAUAAUUAAAAUAUUGAAACAAAAUUUUAUAUAAAUUAUAUAUACAUAUGUAAUUUCAUUCUAAAUGUAUUUUGUUAUUAAAAUAUAUAAUAUAUAUUGUUAACAAAAUACACGUAGAAUGACAUUCUGUAUAUAUCUAUCUAUAUAUAAAAUACAAAUAACUGCAAAAAAAAAUAUAUAAUUACUUAAAAGAUUACAUUAGUAUACACGUAGAAUUUAAAUACCUAUAAAUGCAUAUAUAUUAAAAUUCUACUUGUAUAUUUAAGUAAUCUUUUAACAUAUUUAAAAGAUUCUCCCUGUGUUGACAUGCCUGACAACACAGGGAGAAAGUGCAGAGAAUUUAAUUGGCAAGCACUAUUUUUGACCCUGUAACUCUCCAAGACACCAUAAAACCUGUACAUAGGGGGUACUGUUUUACUCAGGAGACUUCGCUGAACUCAAAUAUUAGUGUUUCAAAAUGAUAAAUUGUAUUACAACGAUGAUAUUUUAAGUAAAAGUGAAGUUUUUUGCAUUUUUUACAAACAAAUGGCACUUUUAUGGACUAUAUUAUUGUUGUAAUAUGUUUUACUGUUUUAAAACACUAAUAUUUGUGUUUAGUGAAGUCUACAGGGAAUAACAGUACCCCCCAUGUACAGGUUUUAUGGUGUUUUGGAUAGUUAGAGAGUCACAAAUAAGGCUUGCAUUUCAUUUUUUUUGACAUUGAAAUAUGCCAGAUUGGUUAUGUUGCCUUUGAGAGCGUAUGGUAGCCCAGGAAUAAGAAUUACCCCCAUGAUGGCAUACCAUUUGCAAAAGUAGACAACCCCAGUGUUUGUGACUAAGUGGCUAAUAAAAAAGACUAAACAUACCCCACUUUCAAUACCUUGGGUUGUCUACUUUUUCAAAUGGUAUGCCAUUAUGGGGGUAAUUCUCAUUCCUGGGCUACCACACCGUCUCAAAGGUAACAUUACUAAUCUGGCAAAUUUCAAUUUGAAAAUGGAACGUUCUAUAUUUGACCCUGUAACUUUCCAAAACACCAUAAAACCUGUUAAUGGGGGGUACUGUUGUACUCGUGAGACAUCGCUGAUUACAAAUAUGUGCAUUUUUUUGCAGUAAAACCUAACAGUAUUAUGACAUUCACAGCUAAAAUGUCAGACGGAAAUACAAAUUUAAAAAAAAAUCUUAUUUUCUCACUUUUUUAAAAUUUUAUUCAUAAUAAAUUAUGUUCCAUAUAUGAAUAGUUAAUGAUAAAUUAAAGCCCUGUUUCUCUUGAACAAAAUGAUAUAUAAUAAGUGUGGGUGCACUUAAUGUGACAGUGGUUUAUUACGGUUGAACAGACAUAUAGCGCAAAUUCAAGUUUUUGUUUACGUUUUGUUUUGAUCAGAACGUGCACUAUUGACUCCGUCCUGAAGGGGUUAAACCUCCCAGAAGCAAAACAUUUAAUUACGUUAACAAAUUGCUGGUAGUCACCAAACAUAUAUGGAUAUUACCUUCACUGGGACACACUUACUUUCCUUUGUAGGAGGUAUUUAACCAUCACAUUUUGUCACAUGUCACAUGUUUUGUUAAGUCUGCAUUGUGCUAUGUCUGUAAUUGAGACAGUCUCUGAGAUUCCAACCAGGUGAAUUUCUAUUGGUAUCAAGUAAUCGAGUGAAGCUUGAAUGUGAUUGAGAUAUAAUUUGGAGAGGGGUCAUUUGAAUACGAGGUUUAGGCUAUUUUGGUUUCGAUGGUCAUUUUUAUUCUGUACGUCUUGGAUGUUAAGUAGCAUCUACCGACUGGUGACGAACAUAUGUAUAACAUUUCUGAUGAAUGUGUCUCAGUGUAUGAAUAAGUCUUGCUGUGGCCUAAACCAAGGCUCGACAAAUCCCAGGCGCCAUGACGACUAGGUUUUUUUGUCCUGGCGACUGGUAAUUUUCAGCACGUUCAAUUCCCGAUGUGAUUGGCUGCCUGUGAGUGGAGGGGGGCUUGCAAUGGGCCGGUAGCUGGCCUGCUCAUGAAGAACAUGGACGUGCGGACAUACUGCUCAUGAAGAGCGCGGUCGGUCAGUCUGCUGAGUAAAAGUAUGGGCGUGAUGGUGGUCGGCCUGCUGGCCUGAUAAAGGGAGGACAUAGGCAGACGUGAGGCUCCUGGUAGGUUGAGGCAGAUGGGCAGGCGUGUGAGGUAGCUGUAACCUUCCUGCUCCGCUCCCUCCAGUGAUGCCAGGAGCCGUAAAGUGACGUAAUUUUGGCCCCAGCAUCACUAAACGCUAUAGUUAGCAGGGCAGGAUGAUGACUGAAACACCACUGGACACUAGGGAAAGCAGUAUGAAAGCUUUCCUAAAGGUAGGGAAGCUGGAUGGUUCUAUUAAUGUAUGUGAUUGUUGCAGUGACAGUGAGUGUCUGUCUCUCUGUGUGUAUUAAAUCAGUGCAUGUGUGUGUCUGUCAGUGAGUGCGUAUGGUUAGGUGGGAAAGGGGUUUUUACUCACCUUUUUUCCCCACGCUGUGUUGGUCUUGCCCUAGCUGGCCCUGCCUCCAUGACUGCAAUCAUCAAUCUUCAUGAAUCUCAGCCAAUCCAAUGCUUUCCCAGAAGAAAGCAUUGGGAGGGUGUUGCGUAUGUGUGAAAAAAUGCCAAGCUGCGUCAUUCAGCAUCUCCUCAUAGAGAUGCAUUGAAUCAAUGCAUCUCUUUGAGGAAUCUUUAGCACCUCUGUGCACGCGUGGGGACACUGAACAAAAGUGCUGCGCACUGUGCAGCAGUGACCCAGGAUGCACCUCCUGAGGCCGUCUGAGUGACUGUCCCUAGAAGUAUUACUAGGCAACAAUGUAAAUCCUGCCUUUUCUUAGAAAAGGCAGGAUUUACAUUGAAAAGUGUGCAGGGACAGGCUAUAGACACCAGAACUACAUUAAGCUGUAUUAGUUCUGGUGACUAUAGUAUCCCUUCACGAAUUCUAUUUUGACACUGCAAAAUAUGGCUUCUAACUUUUUUUGCUGGCUCCUAGAUUCCAAACAAAUUUUUCCAGCCCUGGCCUAAACCAGUCGAUGUGAAAAGUUAGCUUUUUCAUUUAUACCAACCAGGCGUGGGUACCACAAUAUAUAUAAAUAGAUUGCCACAAUAACAGUUUGGCAGUGAGUUAAACCAACUCAAAGCCAAAAAUAAAACGUAAAAAUAUAAAUAAAAAUGAAUUAACAUGAGAGAUACAAAAUGUAAAAUAAAUUGCGAAAUAGAAACUUAAACAACAACAUAACUUAUAAGGCCCAAUAAGUCUUUUCAAGAGAUACCAAAAUAAUCCUUGCAUGAGCUGAAAAUGAAAUUUCUAGGAAAGUAGACAUUAGAUGCUCUCUCUUUAAAUGGGCCCAUCAACAGAUCCUACUCAUGCAAACGUGUGUCUUAUCUCACCUGGGAAGUGGUUUAUAUGCUCCUAAAUUUAUGGUCGGGUUUUGCUAUGGGGAAUCUAGAUCGCUAUGUGUACAGUGGGCUUUAAUCCUAGCAUGCCUAAAUGGAAAUGAAUGACAUACUGUACAGGACUGGUUGAAAAAUACAGUUAUUAGAAUGAGCCACCCAACCAGACAUCAGGAAGACCACAUUCUGUUUGAAUUCCAUAACACACCAAUCAAGUCAUUAAACCACUCCUCACCUGAAUUCAUUUAACACACUGCAUCCUUACAAUGGUUUUAACACUCAUUGAUAUUUGUGUGUGUUUGUAUAUAUGAUCUACAUAUCUAUAUAAUACACAUUUUCUCUAAUGUUCUCCCUUCUAUUUUUCACUUUAACACUAACUUCUGUCAUUACUAAAAUAUCCCUAUCCUUUCACUCACCUGUCCCUGGCAACACCAUCAUCAUUACUUCCACCUUACUCCCCUCUCCUCUCUAUUCAUCCCAUGCACUCUACACAUACCUUUCCAGCCUAUCUCCACCAACUCUUCCCAAAUCCUCUACAUACAUACCCUCCUACAAAACUUUCAAAUCCUACUCCCACCUUCACUUCCUUUCUAUCCUUCUGCUCCUAGCAGCUGGUGAUGUCUCUCCAAACCCCAGUCCCCUCUCAACAAACUCAGCACAUACUAACCCAAGGAUCCACACUAAUCUCAUACCCAUCUCUUGUUCCUCUAAAUCCUCCUUCAAUACUGCCCUCUGGAACGCACGCUCUGUUUGCAAUAUAACUAAAUCCACUGCUGUCCAUGACUUCUUCAUCUCUCGUUCAAUAGAUUUACUAGCCUUAACAGAAACCUGGCUCUCCCCCUCUGAAUGUAAAGGUGGUGGUGUUGGGUUUAUCCUCUCCCCUCACUGCUCUUUUAAACCUCUUCCCACCCCCCCUUCCCUCUCUUUCUCGUCAUUUGAAAUACACUCAGUUCGCCUUUUCAAACCUUUCUCUGCUAACAUUGCUGUUAUUUACCGUCCUCCCGGUUCCCCUCUUCUCUUCCUUGACCACUUUGCUGCCUGGCUACCCUAUUUCCUCUCUUCUAACAUCCCAUCCCUAAUUCUCGGGGACUUCAAUAUUCCUAUAAACCCACCUUUGACCUCUGCAGCUAAUAAACUACUUUCAAUUACUUCCUCCCUCGGGCUAUCACAGUGGGCAAAUUCUCCCACCCAUGUAGCUGGCAAUACCCUUGACCUAAUCUUCACUUAUGCAUGUACUGUAUCUAAUAUCUGCAACACUCCAUAUCCACUCUCUGAUCACCACCUCUUAUCGUUUGCUCUCACGUACCCCCUCACCCAACAACCUCCGCCUAACCACCCUCAACUCAGGAGGGACCUUAAUUCUCUUGAUCUCCAACAGUUGUCAGCUGACAUUGAUUCACAACUGCUGUCCAUCCCUUCCCUCUCCUGUCCUUCACUGGCCAUCUCCAUAUAUAACUCUACCCUUACAUCUGCCUUGAACACUGCAGCGCCACUCCAAACAAGCUCCUCAAGGAGGACUCGCCCCCAACCAUGGCAUACUAAAUCAACGCGCUACCUGCAAAGAUGCUUCCGUUGUGCUGAACGCUCCUGGAGGAAGUCUCGCACCCAGUCAGACUUUCUCCAUUAUAGAUUCAUAUUGUGUUCAUACAGUGCAGCCCUUGUCCUUGCCAAACAGUCCUAUUUUUCCUCUCUCAUUAGUUCAUGUUCCAGCAACCCCAGGCGUCUCUUUGACACCUUUAAUUCCCUUCUUCGCCCCGCUGUGGCCACCCCCCAAACCAACCUUACUGCUGAUAACUUUGCAUGUUACUUCACUGACAAAAUUGAACAGCUAAGGAAAGAAUUCUCCCCUCCUUGCCUUUCUGUUUCUCAAUCACACAUAGAUCAUGCCUUUCCUACCCUUCAGACAUUCUCCCCAGCCACUGACCAAGAGGUGGCUGCUCUUCUUUGCUCCUCUCGCCCCACCAUUUGCCCGCUCGAUCCUGUCCCAUCUCACCUUAUCAGAUCUCUCUCCACUUGUCUCGUGCCUUCUCUAACACACAUCUUAAACUGCUCGCUCUCUUCUGGCACUGUCCCUGCUGACCUUAAACAUGCCACUGUAGUACCUAUACUAAAAAAAACAUCCCUCGACCCGUCCACCCACUCUAACUACCGUCCCAUAUCCCUGCUCCCUUUUUCCUCAAAGCUUCUGGAAAGACUUGUCUCUACCCGUGUGUCUCAUUUCCUCAAUUCCAACUAUCUCCUUGACUCCCUUCAAUCUGGCUUCCACCCUCUCCACUCUACAGAGACUGCUCUUAUCAAAGUUACUAACGACCUAAUCGCAGCUAAAUCCAAAGGCCACUACUCCAUACUAAUUCUUCUUGACCUCUCAGCGGCCUUUGACACCGUUGAUCAUGCUCUCCUUCUUCAAACUCUGCAAUAGCUUGGUCUCUGUGACUCUGUCCUCUCAUGGUUUUCCUCUUAUCUCUCCCAACGCUCAUUCGGUGUCUCUUUUUCUAAUGAUACCUCCUCCCCUCGCCCUGUCUCGGUUGGAGUCCCCCAAGGCUCCGUCCUUGGUCCCCUUCUAUUUUCUCUUUAUACUGCCUCUCUUGGCAAACUUUUUACCUCAUUUGGUUUCCACUACCACCUGUACGCUGAUGACACCCAGCUAUAUCUCUCCUCCCCAGACCUCUCCCCUGCUGUCCUGCAACGUGUCACUGCUUGCCUUUCUUCCAUCUCUGAAUGGAUGUCCUCCCGCUUUCUGAAACUCAAUUCUCAAAAACUGAGCUCCUUGUCUUUCCUCCUCCUAAUACUGAUCCUCCUCUUUCGCUCUCCCUUCAAGUUUGUGGUACCAACAUCAGCCCAUCCUUGCAAGCGCGCUGUCUUGGCGUCACACUUGACUCUGGUCUCACCUUUGAGCCUCACAUCCAGCAUGUUGCCAAAUCCUGUAGAUUCCAUCUUAAAAACAUAGCCCGCAUCCGCCCCUUUCUUGCACCAGAUACUACCAAGGAGCUUGUCCAUGCUCUAGUAAUUUCCCGCAUGGAUUAUUGUAACCCUCUCCUGCUUGAUCUUCCCAAAAGCCGUACUGCACCCCUACAGUCUGUAAUGAACGCUGCUGCUAGACUGAUUUUUCCUCUCUAGUUGGUUCUCUCACACCUCACCCCUCUGCCAAUCCUUACAUUGGCUUCCUGUGUGCUAUAGGAGUCAAUUCAAGGCACUAACUCACACCUAUAAAGCACUGAACAACUCUAGCCCCUUUUAUAUCUCCUCACAGAUCCAUAGGUAUGUCCCUUCUCAGUCUCUCCGCUCUGCCCGUGACCACCUCCUGUCCGUUGUCCGCACCCGUACGGCCAACUCGCGCUUGCAGGACUUCUCGCGGGCGGCUCCCUUCCUAUGCAAUAGCCUGCCUCCCGCCAUCAGACUCUCCCCUAGCCUUGCAUCUUUUAAGAAGUGCCUUAAAACCCAUCUCUUUAGGAAAGCUUAUGGCCUCCAAGACUAACCCCUACCUCACAUACCUGUCUCUUGCCCUCUCUAAAAGGGCAGCCCACCUUAUUUGAUUGCAAAUUCCUGUCCUAAUGUGUUUUACACCCCACCUCCUAUAGAAUGUAAGCUCGAUUGAGCAGGGUCCUCUUCAACCUAUUGUUCCUGUAAGUUUAUUUGUAAUUGUCCUAUUUAUAGUUAAAUCCCCUCUCAUAAUAUUGUAAAGCGCUACGGAAUCUGUUGGCGCUAUAUAAAUGGCAAUAAUAAUAAUAAUAAUAAUAAUGAGGUUAACCUUGGGAAAUGUAAUGUUGGCAGCCUCAAGUCUGAGCAAUGCUACAAUAUAGCAAUUCCCCCUCUGUAAGCUGCAAUUGGCUUGACUCCCGGUGAUUUUCUUCUGAAAUAGGGCAUCUGGUACUGUGCCAAAGCAACCUGAUGUUUGGAACAGCCUCAAUAGUGAGACGUCCAGCAAUAGUCAGGUCUCACUGUGAUCAUCAAGUCCUGCAAUUGUGGGACUUCUAAAACCACGACAUACAGAAGUGGAAAACAGGAGUGAGAUUGAUGUAUAGAAAAUACAGCCACCGUCACAGCUCCAUGCUUGUGACUUGCACAGCCUUCCUAAACACUUAAUGUAAAAGAACCUAGAUAUUUUAUGUUCCCUUGUUACACAGUAUUUUCUUUUAUAAUUUUAAUUUUGAAGUGCAGUGAUACAUCAAGAAUAUGUAAAGCAUCAGUAAAAGGAUACACAAAUAUUCUGCAUAUACUUAUUCCACAGUAAUUUUAUUUAGAAUGUCUUAUCUCUUGUACUGCUAUUGGCCUACUAGAUCAUGCAGGAGCAUCCUGUGUGUGAUUAAGGUUCAAUUUACAGAGCAGGAGAUAACUUCUAAAGCAAGUUAACUUCUGAUUGGAAAAAUUAAACCUUUUUAUUUUUUUUAUAUACAGGCUGUGUCAGUCACAGCCAUGGGAGGUGUGGUUAGGGCUGCAUGGACAAAAACAUUUACUCCACUUUGACAGCGGAUUGAGCAGUGAAACUGAAGGAGCAUACUGUAGAAAUCAAAACUGCUUAAUAAAGCUAAAGUAUCCCAUUUAAUCCUACCCUCUACGUGCAUUUAAACAUGUAGUAAUUAAUGUUUCUUUUAUAAAUUCUUCUGAUGUUUGUCUAUUUUAUUUCCAUAUUUUUGGCCCAUAAAUCAUGCCACCAUCUAACAUUAUUUGUCAUGCUAAUGCUCCCAUUUCAGACUGAAAGGUUGUCUUUGUAUUUCAAGGUAACCCAUGUGUUUUAUAUUUGUAACACUUUUGGUACAAGACAUGUGAUCGCAUUGUGAUGUGUAAUUGGCAAAUUCAGAGCAACAAAGUGUGUUGCAUAAUUGAGAAUAAAUUUGCUUUCCUUCUGGAACAUUGCAAAGAGCAAGAGCCCCUUUGCAGAUACAAGUGGUCUGGUUGCAAGAAACCGCAUAAGGGUUUAAUUAAAAAUAGUUUUUUGGGGGUAUCUCAGACAUUUUAUUUUUAUGGAUGAUAAAUCAUAACUGUAACAGCUGUUUACAGCAUUAAUACAUAAAAUAUAUGUUUCAAAACUCCCGAAAUGAUUGCUGAGGAGUUUCAUCCACCACUCAGAAGAAAUUGUUUUUCAUUUUCUCAAUUUUUUUUUUUUUUUAAUUAAAAUGUUUGUCUUGACUGAGUUCUGUUUAUGUAGACUUUUAAAGAUAGCCUUAGGAAUUGGCUAUUGUAACCAUUUCAGAUUAAAACAUAGUAUUUAAUUUAUUUUUGCUUUUGUUGUUGCGGACUAGAAAUUAUUGGGUCUAAUAUAUUACAAGGGCUGAGGAUUGUUAGACACAUGUACAAAGUUAGGACUUUGAGAUUACCCGGUAUAUGGGCAAGUUUGGGUCUGAUCUGUAGUCACAAUUUAGGGUUAGUCACUAAAAUUAGGACUGGUCCAAAGAACUGCAAAUUGUAGGCAUAAAUGGGACUUUUUAAAGAGAAAUGUUAUUUUGGCCUCAUAUCUUGAAUUUACAGAACAUUUGUAUGCAGUCAACGUGAGUAUUUGAUAAAGGUUAUAUAUUAAGAGGGUAUGUACUGCCGCAAGAAACACAUUGAUCCAAUCACCCACUUAGCUCAGUCUGUCAUUUACAUUUAGGCCAGGGGUAAUCCACUUUUAAUAGUUACCUCCCAUUUUUUUAUAUUUGUUGAUGGUAAAAUUUACGUACCACCCACCAGUGCUGCAGCUACAUAUUUUUUAGAGCGAGUGCGUUGGUUUUCUUAUUUUCCCUUAAUUUUUUAAAAAUUUUUUUGAAAGGAGGGUUUAAAAAAUAAAAUAAAAAAAUAUGUACUUAAAUUUCUUAUUUAUUUUUUCUAUUUUCUAUUCUACUUUUUUUGUGUGUGUGGUGUAAUGUGUUUUAUGUGUGAAAGGUGCAUAGGGUCUAUGCUGUGUGUAGGUGGGUGAGAUGUGAUCAUCUAUCUUAAUGUCUCCUCAUCCCUUCUUACCUUUUACCAGGGAGCGGGGACAUAAUGCUGCAAGCCCUGGUGGUCCAGAGGUGGCAUGUUCACAUUAGCCUGGAACUCAUCUGGCUGCAGGCUGACUCUCCUGUCCUCCUGCGAGCACAGCACUGUAUCGGAGCGUUGCCAUGGUAAUGUGCGGCAAUGCUCUCACCAGCCUGAUUGCGGGAGGAACAUAGAGCCUCCCAACCCCUUCCCUCCCUCUACUGGAAAUAAGUGCCAGCGAGCCGGUUAGGGAGAUGUUUGAUCUCAUCACCAGCAUGAGAGUGCUUACAGCAAGGCUUGGCUCUGCAUGGGCCGGCAGGGGAGAUGAAUGGAUCUCCCCUGCCAGCCUUGGCCAAUGGCCAUCGAGGCGUUUUCCACAGAACCCACCACCGCCCAUCUGAAAUCCCAAACUGGUAAGGACAAGGUUGACUACCCUUGUUUUAGGCAAUCCAUUUUGUUCAGAUUUAUUUUUUUGGGUAUUGGAAUGUUUUAUUGAUUUAUUUUUAGCAAACUGGUUACAAACCUAGGAUUUCUUGACAUUUACAUUAGUCUGAAAUUCCUAUGCCAGUUCUUGAUAAUCACUGGUUUUGUGAAUAACCCUGAAUGGGAUUUAAUCACAAAAUCAGUAAUUGUGGAGAAAUGCCAAGAGAACUGCAUAUUUUUGACCAAAAUAGAGCAUUAUUGAACAUCUCCAACGUGGUUGUUUCAGCUUUGAUGUUUUGGCCUAAAUUUUUUUCCUAAUUUACGAUGGCUCUUCAAUUUACUUCCCAAUACACUUCACAAUGGAUUUCAGUUGCACCAAGCAGUUGUUUUAUGAAACUUGGAUUUAAAUUUUCUUUUCUCACUAGAGCUGCUCAGUAUGCCUGUACUUUACUGGGAUACACACUCCAGAAAAAUGGAGCCGGUGCUGAACUGGUGACCACUAUAAAACAACUGGAGGGCCACCUGAGCCUGGCAAGGAAAUGUAAGUCUGCUGGUUUUUUUCACUGUGUGUUUAAAGGACUUCUUAUGUCCACUGUCUGUCACCAUGCUCUUACCAGUGUCUUUGUUUAUUUGCAGUGUUCCGUCUUGGGAACUCUGUGGAUGCUUUGGAAUCUGCCAAACGUGCAAUCCACCUCUCCGAUGUGGUUCUGCGCUUCUGUAUAACAGUCAGCCAUCUUAACAGAGCCAUGUAUUUUGCUUGUGACAACAUCCUGUGGUUGGGGAAGACUGGCGUGUCCAAGAAGAUGGACCAGGAGAAGUGGAGUCAGCGCUCCUUCAGGUGGGAUUGGGCUUCUACCUUUCCUGGGAAAUGUUCAUCUUUGUAAUUUUGCUAUGUUUCUUUCUCCCUUUUGCUUCUGUGUCUUAGCUUACUUUUUAUAUUUAUUUUACUUGUACUUUGUCUCUUAAAUUUGAUGGUAGUUCUGGCAUUGAUAUAACACAGUUUCUUAGAGACGUCAACCAGGUACCAGAGUCACAAUGUUUUAUGGAAGAGAUGCAACAGGUAAACUGAGGUCAGUCUACCUCUUCUAACUCCACUUUUUGUUGUGGGUUUUUUUUUUUCUUUCUUUCUUUCAGAUAUUACUUAUUUUCCCUCAUCAUGAAUCUGAGCCGAGAUCUCUAUGAGCUAAAACUUCUCAUGGAGGUGGAAUGCAACAGCAAGUGCUCUGCUAGCAAAGUGAGUGCUGAGAAUGGAGUAGUCCCUCAGAAAAAGCUCCCCCCACACCAUCUCGUGGGCAUCCAACUUCGACUUCUCAUUCACAUCUUGAGGAACAAUCCACCGCUCCUUCUCGAUGUUUUGAAGAACACCUGUGAUCUUUUCAUCCCACUGGACAAACUGGGUCUUUGCAAGACAAACCCUGGAUUUGUUGGACUGUGUGGUCUUACUUCUUCCAUACUGUCCAUCCUGACCAUCGUACAUCCAUGGCUGAAGCUGAAACCCUGAGCAUUUAAGGUUUCUUUAGGAACCUUGUUAACGCACGCAAUUCUGUAUUGAAUCUUCCUGACAUUUAAGUCAGAAAUUAUUGAAUGGGAAAAAAAAACAAAAAAAAAAACAAGCAAGAUUUAUUAAGCAUGAAAUUCAACUGAAUGUAGAAGCUUAAAUUGGUUAAUAAACAGCUGAAUAGUUUAAAGGCUACGACUUGGCAGAUGAGGUGUUUCUAUGAACCCACAAUCUGUAAAUUCCCCAUCCCCAAACAAAAAGUAAAACAUUGCAAUCAACACAAUUAAAACACAGUAUUGUGUAGGCAUUUUAAAGCAAAAGGUAAUGAUGUGUAAGUUAACUUUUAAUGACCACAUUUAAAUUAGAAUUUUCCCAGAAUGCACGAUAAUUUAAAUUAUUUUUUUUAAAAUCUAUUUAACGUGGUGAUUAAACACAUCUAUAAACCAGCACAGAAAACACCUUGAGUGGCUAUGGUUUGUUUUGUUGUUGUAUUUUUUUCAUGAUAUAAGGAAUUUAAAAUCAUAAGACAAUUGUGGACUGGUGUAGCAGGAACCAUGUUUAUGAACAGAGAGGAAUGUUAGACUCUUUGACUUUUGUUUUUUCAUUUUAAUUUUACUUGUUUUGUUUUAUUUUAUCAUUAAUUGGGUGGAUUGCAGUUGUCGUCUGUUCAUAUAUCAUACGAUGGCAAGCCAUCUUUGUAGCUGCAGUAAAACGAAAGAUAGUCUAGUGUCUCGGAUGAUGUUGUGAAGUGGAAAUGCAGUACGUUCUUUGCUUUGGAAGAACAAGUUUGCCAAAUGUGUGGCGGUCUUCUAGGUGUGGCGGUCUUCUGUUUCAGCCCACUUUUGUCUUCUUUUAGUUCCCUCUGGUCCCCUUAAAAUAGACAAUUGCCAGACAAAUAUAGAUGAUCAGUAGCGAUAAGCGAGACUGUCACAAGGCAACAAGCAGCAGUCCGACAGCCAAAAGAUCAUUAACAAAGUAAAUGUGCAGAUGUGCUAAUAAUAACUAAUUAUAAUCUGCUUUUGCCUUUUAGGGCAGCUCAUAUGUUCUAUUAAACCUCCUCUAAAAAAAAAUAAAAAAAAAAAUAGACAUCCUGUUGUGCAAAAAACAAAUAUUGUAUAAAAUAUAAUAUAAGUGAAAUAAAUACAAAUAUUUUGUGUAUAUCAGAAAGACAUUUAAGUGUAUUCAAUGUGUCGAAGGUUUAUGGUUCAUACGGUUAUCUUAAAGCUAUCAGGGUAUCUGUAUUGGUAAAGAUUACCUUUGGUCCAGUAUGAUUAGUUACUUUCUCUAAUACCUUAUUCAGGCAUCAUAACCUUUGUUCCAGGCGUGUCUGGUUGUAUACACAGUUUUAACUGUAGUCUAUAUUUUGGCUAUGUACGGCUUUAACAAUGCUCCAACUUCACAUGUAGAUUGCAUGCUUCCACUUCUUAUACAGCGUAUGGAUCUCAAUAUUGUGCAUUAAAUAUCGGUCAUUAACACCAAAUGAUGAAACUGAUUUGUACUAAUUGCUCUAACUAAUUUUAACAAAUUAACUGUCAAGUGACCAUUUGACAUAGACUAUGUCUCCUUGUGUAGGAUUCUCAGCUGCCAUUACGACGUAGACCUUCGAUCAGUACGUGAACUUGUUUACGUGGGUUUUGUUUAUUAACAGGCAAACCAGUGGUUGUGUUUUAUUUUGUUUGUGAAAGCUGUCUGCUUGUAUUUUCCUAAGAGUUAUCAUCUUACCGGGGGGGCCUCCAUAGUUUCUCGCAAUGAACGCGAUAAUGCCUUUUUCCCACAGCUGUCUCUUGAUGGCCAUAGCUCCUCGUUUUGUCAAGCAGAAAUAAAAUACAUAGUCCCUACUUUGUCCUAUGAAAUUUCAACACUGUAUUUAUGAGCAUUUCAUAAGAUUUUAUCUCUUGUUAAAUGCUUAUAUUUGGGCGACAGGAGGGGGGUGACAGAGCCUCAAAAACUGGAAACUGUGGGGCACGCAAAAUCAAAUUGCAAAAUGUAGAACGUAAUAAUGAGUUCCAGAAUUAACACCAACUGGCUUUUUUAAUCCUACAACUUGCAAUUUUGUUUUCCAACAGUUCAUUGUUAAAGGAGCUCUAUAGUGCCAGGAAAACAAACUCGUUUUCCUGGCACUAUAGGGUCAUUAGGCCCCCCCCAACCCUCAUGGCCCCCUCUUCAGCCACUUGCCUUUCUCCAGCACUGGGCUCCCUCGGCGAUUGUGAACUCUCCUCCUCCUGCCGACGUCAGCGCCGAAUGCGCAUGCGCGGCAAGAGCCGUGCACACAUUUAAGCCGCCCAUAGGAAAGCAUUACUCAGUGAGACAGCCACUAGAGACUGGAUUAACCCUUAGUGAAACAUAGCAGUUUCUCUGAAACUGCUAUGUUUACAGCUGCAGGGUUAAAACUAUAGGGACCUGGCACCCAGACCACUUCAUUGAGCUGAUGUGAUCUUGGUGUCUGUAGUGGUCCUUUAAGUAAAUACAUUCUCCUAUUAUACAGCCUACAGAGUGCACGGUUCCACUACUGGAGCACUCUUAAAACAGAUACACAAGUAACCCGUUUUUUGUUGUUGUUUUUUUUUCAUUUAAGGCUUGACCAAGGUUUCCAGUGACAACCAGGUUUCAAAUGUUUCCAGUGACAAUUUGAAUAUUCACCCAGAAUUACACAAACCUUUCUGUGAGUGUGAGGUUCCAGACUAGCUCAGAAUGAUUUUUUCAUGUUUUUAUUCUGAAUUUGGUUACAUGAUUGCAGUUGUACCUGUAAACAGUUCACGGUUUGCAAGAUGUGGUACAUUUUACAUGGAAAGAACUGUCUUUAUCACAAACCCAAUGAUUUGAUCUUUGCUGUGUUGACGAUAUGGUAUGCUGGUUCAAUAAAACCCAUUUUAAACUGUAAAAUAAUGGGUUCAGCUGACGGGAAUCUGUAAGACUAUUGUAUAUAAUGUAUUAUGGUGAUUUUGUAAAUAUUGUUAAAUUAAAGCCACUUUUGUUUUUUCCUAAUUAAAAAGUUAAUUCCUCUA